GAGCGCAGCGAGGCGCCUGUCGCUGCCGCCAUGCCGUUCCCUUUCGGGAAGUCUCACAAAUCUCCAGCAGACAUUGUGAAGAACUUGAAGGAGAGCAUGGCCGUCCUGGAAAAACAAGACAUUUCUGACAAAAAGGCAGAAAAGGCUACAGAAGAAGUUUCCAAAAAUCUGGUCGCCAUGAAGGAAAUUCUGUAUGGCACAAAUGAAAAAGAGCCGCAGACGGAGGCAGUAGCACAGCUCGCGCAAGAACUGUAUAACAGCGGGCUGCUCAGCACCCUCGUGGCCGAUUUACAGCUCAUCGACUUUGAGGGCAAAAAAGACGUGGCUCAAAUUUUCAACAAUAUUCUCAGAAGACAAAUUGGUACAAGAACUCCUACUGUGGAAUACAUCUGCACCCAGCAGAAUAUUUUGUUCAUGUUAUUGAAAGGGUAUGAAUCUCCAGAAAUAGCUCUAAAUUGUGGGAUAAUGUUAAGAGAAUGCAUCAGACAUGAGCCACUUGCAAAAAUCAUUUUGUGGUCAGAACAGUUCUAUGACUUCUUCAGAUAUGUUGAGAUGUCAACAUUUGACAUAGCUUCAGAUGCAUUUGCCACGUUCAAGGAUUUACUUACAAGACAUAAAUUGCUCAGUGCAGAAUUUUUGGAACAGCAUUAUGACAGAUUCUUCAGCGAAUAUGAGAAGUUACUUCAUUCGGAAAACUACGUGACGAAAAGACAGUCCCUCAAGCUUCUUGGAGAACUGCUGUUAGACAGACACAACUUCACAAUUAUGACAAAAUACAUCAGUAAACCCGAGAACCUCAAGUUAAUGAUGAACCUUCUACGGGAUAAAAGUCGUAACAUCCAGUUUGAGGCCUUCCACGUGUUUAAGGUGUUUGUGGCCAACCCCAACAAGACGCAGCCCAUCCUGGACAUCCUCCUCAAGAACCAGGCCAAGCUCAUAGAGUUCCUCAGCAAGUUCCAGAAUGACAGGACCGAGGACGAACAGUUUAACGAUGAGAAGACCUAUUUAGUUAAACAGAUCAGGGAUUUGAAGAGACCAGCUCAGCAAGAAGCCUAAUUCCCAAUAAACACCUACAAUAUUAAAUCCAGAUUCAGCAUUUGCUGGUAGCUAUUCCGCAUCAGGCGCUCUUACCGAUUCAUGAGGAACAUUACUGCUAAUCUGCUGUUAAGUGAACGGUUUUUCCUUUUACCUAUUUUGUUUCUUAGUCCGAGUUGGAGAACGUAGCUGCUGCUUCCUUGCACACUAGAGCACACGUGGACUUUUCUUGAUCUUUGUGUCAUUUCAGAAAUCCAGGACUCCGUGGCUGUGGAGUUCGGAAGGUGGCUGGUUCCUGAGGGCGAAGGUCUGGGUGGUUGUGGGACGAGGGCAGGGUGCGGCUUUCUCACACCGCACGGCUCCCUCUCCCCGCUAACAGGCUGCUGCUGGCUGCCUGGCCAGGUCGCCGCCUUCACUGAGGAGGACUGGGGCUCUGGGCAGUCAGGGCGGCAGCUGCAUCGAAGAGGAGAGCUUUGGGGCAGUAAAGUUGAUAGGAGAAUGAAUGAUGCCGAGACUUAGCAACCUCUCAGAGUGUGACGCUUCACAAGGUCAGGAGGAAAAUGUAAAUAUGCUUUCACAGCUUUCUAGAACUUUUUGACAUUGAAGGGUAUUUGUUAAUUUUACUUUUUGAAGGUAUUUUAAAAGAGUAGCUCUAGGAUGACACCUUGCAUUUCAUUUCAACGAUGCUUACAGGUUUCUUUUGUAUAUAAUUCUUAGAAUGCUCAUUUCUUUUAAAUGAUUUAAUUUGUACAGCAGAGGAAUGUUAUUGUAUUAGUAUGUAACUAUUACCUAAUAUUGAGUUUUUGCAAAAAAUGAAUGCUCAUAUGUAAUUGAAAUACUUCAAAUCACAUGAAAAUGCUAAUUGAACUUUACGUACCACAGCAUUAAAAGGAGAAAGUAGCCCAAUCUUUGUAUUCAGUUACGAGCAGGGCGCCGCCCGGCUCGGUCAGCGCGCCCUGUGUGACGGUGGCCUCACUCCCACGAGCGGGGCUUGGCGACCUCUGGGAGCGGUGCGGAUUCCGCUAAAUCAGUGCUGAUGAGGCGCGCCUAGAGCGCCUUUCCUUCCUCAGAGUAAGCGCGGUAGCUGUGAGCGCGGGUGGCCGAGACUCGGCUUCGCGGCGGGGGGAAGAGUCCUUCGUAGUCAGAGGGGUCCUCUGGGGAGUUGUAUUUUUUUUAAAUGUCCUGUUCCUUAAUGCUGCAAGUUAUCAGUAUUUAUAAAGUAACUGAUGUUGCACCUCUUUUUUUUUGUUACUGUGCCCACAGCUGAACACCAUGAUCUAGAAUAGGUCCACACCGUGUUCUAGAAUCUGUCCAUGUGAAGUGACUAGAAUGGCCUCUGUACAUCGUAGUGAUGCAAAGAUCACCACUAACAACUUACAACUCAGAGUUUGCCAGUUCGAAUUCAGCAUGGCUGCAGCUGAUUAAAAAGUUUCUAUAAUUAUUCUUUGCUAGCCUCUCUUACUAAUGACUUAUUUAUCAGCCAGUAAAGUGAAACCCCCAAAGGGUGUUGCAGCAAGUUUGAAAACCCCCCAGGAACAACAGUUAGGAAACUAGCACCAGAAACAUAGGCAUAUUUUAUUGUAUAAAAUGGCACCUGCAUCGCAGCUGUCCCCUGAGACUGUCUUACCAGAUGUGUGUCAGGUGACUCCGUGUGUGGGGGGGGGUGCACGGGGUGGGGCGGAGCGGAGUCUGGGCCCAGUGGCCAGGGGCACCGGCAGACUUGGAAGCAGGAGGCACCUCGAGGACAGGGCGCGGCCCCCACAGCCCGGCGUGCAGAGAGCGCCACAGCCACACUGGCCUCUGGCUCCCUGUUGUGGGGUUUUUGUUGUUCAUUUGCUUUUAAACAAAAAUGUGAUUCGGAGUUGAAAGUUGCAUCUGAGGCUAUGAUCAUUUAAUAUAUAUUACCAAAACCGUUGUGCUAGAAGUGGCUUCUCCUUGUGUUAUAAAGGUUUGAUUUUACGUGAGUCAGUUACUGGGUGUGAUUUUUAACCCCUAAACAGGUGGAGAUGUAUACAGUUGUUAACGAUGCCAUAAAGCAUUUCCUUUCUCCUAAGAAAAGUAAAUUUCUUAUUGGAAUAUCUGGCUGGCCCUGUAAUUUAAAUUAAAAUAAAAUUUUGGAGAAACAG